CCCGUCCCCUCCUCCUUCGGACCGACGGCGACGGCCGCGUAUUGUCAUCCACCUCCCUCCCUUCCUCCGCCGUGGCCACCACCACCAGCAACCUCCACAACCCAAAUUCCGACCCCUCCUUCUUCCGCCGGAGAGAUCCGGGCUGCGAGCUGGGUAGCCUCAAUCCCGGGAGACGCCGUCGCCGGCUCUCGACGUUCGUUUUGGUUUGUGGGGGCGCUUUCUUGCCCCGGGGCCGGGGGGGGGGGGGGGGGGAUGGCGAUUGGGGUGUCGGACGAGCUGCUGGGCACGUUCGUGCCGAUCGCGGUGUACUGGCUCUACUCGGGGAUGUACCUGGCGCUGGACGGCGUGGAGCGGCUGGACGUGUACCGCUUGCACCCUAGGGAGGAGGAGGCCGCCAAGAACGUCGUGUCCAGGGGCGCCGUCGUGAGGGGCGUCCUUGUUCAGCAGGCCUUCCAGGUCGCCGUCUCGCUCACCCUCUUCGCGGUUGUUGGUGAUGAAAGGGGUACUGAACAGAAGCAACCUUCUGCCCUUGUGAUAUUGCUGCAAUUUGCCAUUGCAAUGUUCGUUAUGGAUACAUGGCAGUACUUCAUGCACAGAUACAUGCACAUCAACAAGUUUCUAUACAAGCAUAUCCACUCCAAGCACCACACUCUUGUAGUCCCUUAUUCCUUUGGAGCUCUUUACAAUCAUCCUGUUGAGGGUCUUAUUCUGGACACCAUUGGUGGUGCUCUCUCAUUCCUUGUAUCUGGUAUGACCCCGAGGACAUCCAUAUUCUUUUUCUCGUUUGCAACCAUCAAGACAGUGGAUGAUCAUUGUGGCUUGUGGCUUCCUGGUAACAUCCUCCAUGCGCUGUUCAACAACAAUAGCGCUUAUCAUGACAUUCACCACCAACUCUAUGGCAACAAGUACAAUUUUUCACAACCCUUUUUUGUCAUGUGGGACAAGAUACUUGGAACUUACAUGCCUUACUCCAUCGAGCAUAGAAAAGGAGGGUUUGAGUCACGGCCUGUUAAACUCAGCAUAGCAGAGCAGACCAAGACUGAUUAGUCUCUAAUAAUCUCAUUCCACUACUCUCAGCUCUGUGGCACCCUGAUCUUCUAACUACACUGUUGGUGUGAAAUUAUCACCCCUGUUGGUAUAGUGAAGCUUUUCUUGUUCUCUCUACAUUCUUUUUUAAGCAAUUUUACCGUCCUUGAGUAGGUACCGAGAGGUGUUAAUUUUACACUAAAAUUUUAGUACCUCACAGUACCUUCUUAAAUACUGUAAAAUUGUUGUUCUUCUUUUGUUCUCUAUUUUGGGGUGUUCCUUCUUGUACCAAGGUAUAGUGAGUAAAUUAGUGUACUGUAUCAAAGAAUACUAAAGCAUUAAGGUCCACUUGGAUCUGUUUCCUGGAGAUCGGUUGCAUGUAUUGUACUUGCAUGCAUGCCAAUAUUAACAAGAGAAGAUGAUAUUUACACUG